AUGUCAUCAGUGAUCUUCCGCCCAGACAACCUCCAGAGCAUCAAAGAACUCAUCAACGCCUCCGCGCCCAUACACUCCUGGGCUCCGCUGAAGUCUUUCCGCCGCAUUAUAGUCUCUUUCUACGAUGAAGACUCCGCAAUCCGAAUCCGACAAAUUCUCGAUGGCGAGGCUAUCAUGGGCGAGCGAGUAAAGGUCUACUUUGGCCACCCAACCUCAAUCGAGAUCAAAGACGAGCAUUUAAAUCUGCCAGACGCAGGCAAGCUCUUUUUCAUCUCACCACCACCAUCUCCUCCUCACGGAUGGGAAAUGAAAUUAGAAGACGCACCAAAUAAGCAAGUACAUGCGGAGGAUUUGGCAGAAGCUUUGGCGAAGUUGCAUCACAGACCUCGGACAGAUCUACCUGCGAGCCCCAUUAGUGACAAUGAGGAAGGCGGCGGAAGGGCACGCAGUGGCAGUACAACAACGAUUUACCAUCCUAGUAAACACGGAUAUAGUCCUGGUCUGCCUGCUAUUUCAGUGGAAGAUACGACGGGAGAAUUUGAUAUCAGUCCGAUUGAGCAGGAGAAGCCUAUUUUCGCGCACACAACCAGACCUCCAGUAGAACUGAUGGAAGAAUAG